UUAGGGUCACCUCGAAUGGGAUUGUUUAUCUGCAUUCCAUGGAUUCAAUGUCUCUAGUGUGGUGGCUCCAUCCCCUUAUAAAGGCCGAAACUUUGAUCGGACAUCUUACCUUGAUCCUGACCUUUAAUCCAUCAGUAUGAAUAUCCGAUGUGCCAAGACCGAGGAUCUGAUGAACAUGCAGCAUUGCAAUUUGCUGUGUUUGCCGGAAAACUAUCAGAUGAAGUACUACAUGUAUCACGGGCUCUCGUGGCCUCAGAUCAGUUUCGUGGCCGAGGAACCGGCCACUGGGGCCAUCGUGGGCUACGUGCUGGCUAAAAUGGAGGAGGAAACCGAAGGCACGGUGGGCGGGGCCGAUGAGCCUCACGGUCACAUUACGUCCUUGGCCGUGAAACGCUCCCACCGCCGUUUAGGCUUGGCUCAAAAGCUCAUGGACCAGACGGCGCGCGCCAUGGUCGAGACCUUCAACGCCAAGUACGUGUCCUUGCACGUGCGGAAAAGCAAUCGAGCCGCCCUCAAUCUCUACAAAACCGCGCUCCUUUUUCAGAUCAGUGAGAUCGAACCCAAAUAUUACGCGGAUGGAGAGGACGCUUAUGCCAUGAAGCGCAAUCUGGUAGUUUGGGCCGAACAACAAGGGAUCUUGCCGGCUGAUCCCGACUCGUUUUUCAAAUCUAAAGGCAUGGAAGAAAAAAAGAAAUAGACAUUGUCAAUCCUUACCUGUCUAUUUGCGACGCUCAAUGUUAGCCAUGGACAUGUAUGAAUUUGUAAUAACCAUGAAAUCCUUCUUGGUUUGACCUCAAUGGUCAAUUCAAGGCCGACUAUUCGAACAAAAUCGGUCAGGUUUCUUUAAGAUUCAGGUUUCUUUAAGAUUCAAGUUUAUGAGAGAAACCACGAGUUUUCAAGACCAAAGUGUUUGUUUGGAGGAGAAAGUUAUGAUUUAGUGUAAAAAAAGUCCUUAAGAAGGACUGUCUCGCCGAGCGGUCUAGGAGGCAACUCGAACAAGGCAAGAAUCUUCUCCUCAGAUGUCUGGGGCUAAAAUUCCGGAGCCGGAAGUAACCCUUUAGGCUAGCUAGACCACUGAAGUCCACCUCUCUUCUUUCUCAGAUUCCUCCAUUGUUCAAUAUGCUGCCUUCAAAUAUUCGUAGGGAAUAAGUGGGUGUUGAUCCAGCAACAUCCUUAAAGUCAGAAUUGGACAAGGUUUUGACCAAAAUUUCUGAUCAACCCUAUGUUUAAGGGCUAGCCAGAUGUGCCAACCUUAAUUCGUUUGUGGAUCAGAUAUCAUGUGAAUAGAAGAUAAAUGAAAACGUUUUUCUCCUUGGAACUGCUGGGGAGCCCAUUCCCAGUAGCGGUAAGGACGUCCACAAAAUAUAAAAAGUCUUCAUCUAUAGCUCCUUGUCAUUAUCAAAUCCUGAUGGAACGAGGCGAGUAGGGGUUUUAGUUCAUGGAAUUAGUAUUCAAUGUCACUAGGCAAUAUCAUUUUUGUGUUUCCUUGUUCUUUUUCUCGAAUGUUUAUCGAUGAGUGGCCCCUUGUAGUGUUUUAGAAUAAUGUUUUUGAUCAUUUUCAUUCGAAACGACUCUUCGUUCUUUAAUCACCAUGUUAAAAUCAGAUUUUAGCUUUCAACAACGACUCUAAAUAUUGGAACGUAGCGUUGUCCUCCAAGGUCACGGCACAAAAUGUCACUUUUCCACUUGGCUACUUUGUUCAGAUCAAACUGGGGAAUUUUGCUCACUUUUGUAAAAACCCUCGGAGAACAUGAAGUGCUAAUUUGGCCGAAAAGGAUUUCGGACUCACAUUUAUUUUGUACAACAGUAAGUUUGGAAAGUGUGAAGCAGAUUCAGAACAAAAUGUUGUAACUCCACCUUGAUUAAUCCUGCAUUUUAUUCCUUUUCUACGUCAAUACGUAUUUAAUCAUCUGUUGGCCCUAACAGUGUUUGUCAAGCAUUUUGUUGCUCAACCCUUGGAAGCUCGUCCCCCUUCGCUCCAAUUCAUUCAACCAUUGGUCGUCAUGCUUUGCGCGUUCAAAUGCGAGGGUUUUUUCGUACAUCUUCGCUCUCUUUACGUUUAGUUUCCAUUUCCUCGCCUACGUUACGUAAAGCGAAAUGUGACGACUGCUUCGUAAUCCGUCAUCCGCUCGGGUUCAGUGGGUGUCAUUCCGACUAUCACAACUCGCACGUGGUCUUUGGUUUCCUCAUCCACAUACGCGGUUGACCGACGUAUCGGUAUCAUCAUCAUCACCGUUAUUGUCGCAACAUUCGGCUAUACGACAAACUGGAUGAUCGAAGCAGUUGGUGUUUGUGUUUGAAAGAUCGAAGAAUGUGAAAAACCGUAGGGGCCUACUUUAUGCCAAGGAUAAGUUAGCCUACUCUUGAUUCUAAAGAACAGAAAUCUUGAGGAAAACAACCGUAAUGAGCGUAUAACGCAAGCGUGGUGGAGCAAAAUAACCAUGGAAGCAUCUCGGGGUUUCGCGUUUUGGCUGGUGGUGGCUCUCAUUGUCUUGGACUGCUCUAAGACCCAUGCACUCAAUGACUCUGGGUUCUAUUCGGCCAGUUUGAACACGCCCGGAUCUUUGUUCUCAGGACCUUUGGUGGGGGCUACGUUUCUUGAGAAUAUCUACAAUAGCUACAAUGCUACAGGAUUACUCGCUCUAGGAACCAUCUUUUUAGCUGCUAGUGGUUUCAUUGCCUUGAAAAGCUUGCCACCUCCAGAGGAAGUCAAGUACCAAGUUGAGGAAUGGAAGAAAGACCCCUUGGCAUUUUUGCCCCAAAUUAAGAAACCCAAUCUGAAGACGGUCCAACGUCAAGAUGUCACCUUCAACUACGAUCUCCACGGUUACGACCCUUAUGACAAUGGAAUCUCUUCCACUGCUGCAAGUACUUAUCCCAGGCACUUUCAUGGCUCUCUGGCACCAGAUUUCCAGAACUCCCAGUACAAUUUUGUGGCCAAUUCUCCCGGACCACCAUAUUCGUCCAUACCGGCCAUUUCGACCGUUCACUCGGUUCCAACAGAACCCGUGAGCUCGAGGCGGCAACAAAUCGUGAUGAAGAUAAAAAACGCGGAUCCAUCCCAAGAAUCCUCUUUGCUUGCACGUAUUAAGAAUGCCCUGACUAAAACCGUAGAGAACUUUGCCAGCAGUCCCAAUUCUUUCGCUGAGUCAGGCGUUGGUGGUGUUGAUGUGGAUUAUGGUCAAUCCGAGAAUAUUCCCGUCUACGACUUUUUUGAACCCAGGCCGAAAGUGAAAAGACCCCCGCAGCAAUACAUCCCUUAUCUCAAGCGCAAUCAAAAUAAAAUUUACGAGCAUGCCAACACUCAGAUAAUCCAAUUGGAGAAGAGACGUCGACAGUUCGCGCCCACGAAAGCUUCACCCCCGAACCACACUCCUUCGAAGUAUAGCACAAAGUUUCCCUGGAAGCAAUACUACUGAUCUCAAUCGUCUAGUCAAUCAAGUCAUCCGUGUGGAGCCGUCGCGAAUCGGGAUGUGAUGCAAAGAAGCUCAUGGAUUCAUUACAAUGAAUCAAAAAUGUCAAAGGUUAUAAGUGAAAGUUUUUUCUACAGACUGCGGGCUUUUUGAUGAGGAAGAACAAAAGACUGUGAGCGUUGAACUGUCCAUUCAAAAGUUCAGGGCUUGAAACCGAGGCAAUUCUCGCAAGCCUCAUCUGGUUUCAUUGGCUACGCUUCUAUGCACAAAGUGGCGUAACCAUGUACAAUUUACAUACAUAUACGAUGGAUUGACCUGCAACAUCUCAUUUCAAGUGACGAUGUUUUCUUUUACAAUGAAAUGUACUUGACUUGAUUUUUUUCCCCUUUAUUAUGCAACAAUUUAACAAAAAUACAAAUUGCUAUUCUGGCUUUUAA